AUCCGUUGGAUAGGCCUUAUCCGUUGGAUAAGUUAUCCAUCUUUCGAACAACCGGCCCCAGAGUUGCAUGUGUUUUUGACUAUAAGUAAUGUGAGGUGAAAAUUCCCCACGUUCGAAACAAUCAUUUGAUACGAAAAUAUUGCAAUAAAAACUGUAUUACAAAUGAAAGACAAUUAGUUCGUUACGACAGUGAGUUAGUUUUGUUAUGUGAAAAUAAUUUUAAAGCUCGUAUAUACUAGUCUUAUAUAUAUAAAUAUAGCUAUAAUACAGUGAUGAAUUAAUAAUCACCGACAUUCACACAGGUAUAAGUGAUCAAGUCGCACCUGUUUCCAUUUAUUAUUUUCCUCGGUUGAUUCCGAUUAGAACAAGCUCCAGGCCUAAUUAUAAGAUUGUCAGUGAAAAUUUGAAAGAAAGAAGAAGCAUCUUUUGGUGCUUGACAACAAUCGUGUAUGACAAUGUAUACAAGAAUGGAAGCGUAUUUUUUAUUCAAGAUUAUUAAAGAAAAUUUUCAGAUAGUUGUUUGACAACAUUUAAGAUGAAGAGGUUCUCAAUAUCAGGAUUAAAAAAAAUAUCCGUAAUUCUUCAAGUAUUUGUUAUAGCAUUGCUGUUUCUGCAAUAUUUUCAACUGGACCAAAUAAACUACGGAAAAGUUAUCAAAUCACACAAAUUUACAACAACCUGCCAACGAAUUAUGAAGGGCGACCGAAUAGCAAUUAGAAAAGCUGAAAAGAUUAUGAACCACUUUCCGAAACAGCCCUUCUCUCCUGAGAGUUAUAUCAAACUUGCUAGCAAUUGUGAAAAAUUUAAAAAUGAAAGAGGUUAUGUUAUGAAAGCUUUAAGUGAAAAUGAAGCUGAAUUUCCUAUUGGUUAUGCCAUAAAUAUUUAUAAAGAUAUAGAACAAUUUGAAAGACUUCUUCGCGCAAUUUACAGACCACAGAAUUAUUACUGCAUACAUGUUGAUAAAAAAUCACCAGAUGUUUUUCACCGUGCUGUUGAAAAGAUUGUAAGUUGCUUUUCAAAUGUGUUUGUGGCUUCUCACAGCAUAAACGUUAAUUGGGGCGAAUUCUCUGUGCUUCAAAGUACAUUAACAUGUAUGAAAGAUCUUUGGGAAAGAUCAAAGUUGUGGAAAUAUUUUAUCAAUUUGACUGGACAAGAGUUUCCUUUGAGAACUAAUAAUGAAUUAGUGGAGAUAUUACAAAAAUUAGAAGGAAAGAGCGUGGUUUAUGGAGCACAGCCACCAAAAAACAGACACAGGGGGCGUUUUAUCUAUGUUUACAAUGGAACCAAACGAACGAAGAAACGAAAACAGCCUUUUCAACGAAACUUCAAGUUUUACAAAGGUUCAACAUAUGUUAUUCUAUCACGUGCCUAUGUCAACUUCACUUUACAUGAUCAGUUGGCAAAAGAUUUCUUGGAAUGGGUAAAAAAUACUGGUAUUCCUGAUGAGACGUAUUAUGCAACGUUGUAUAUGAAUACCAACUUUGAUAAACGUUUUCAAAACAACUCAUAUCGACCACCACGUAUACGUCAUGUGAACUGGGGCUCGUUUGGUUGUCAUGGUAAAGUUGUUAGAAAUGUCUGUAUUAACGGUAUUGGUGAUUUAACCAGGAUUACAACAGAGGACGCUUUAUUUGUAAACAAAUUUCAUCUAGACUAUCAAUAUUUAGCUUUAGAUUGCUUAGAACAAUGGUUUUAUAAUAGAACCUUGACCAUGCAAUAACUAAAGUUUACUAGUCGCUUUCAGCAAAAGAAUAUACGAAGCUUUACAUUGAUUACGACACAGAAUGAACAGUGGACAGUUGUCCAUCUCUGUUGAGAAAGAGGAUUACCUAAAAGCUGAGGAUUACCUAGGCUGAGGAUUACCUAAGCUGAGGAUUACAUGCAUAGACGAAACAUCGGUUGUGACUGGCUAAUCCACAGAAUAUAAUGAAUGAGGCAAUAGUUUUCUCAACCAAUUAGAGAAGAAACGAAAAAAAUUAAGCCUGUUUUGCACUCGCUAUUUUGUUUCGGGCGAUGCUACUGUUUUGUUUUUUCUUUCAGACAAAUAGGAAUAUAAUUAAGGCUAUGUAUGCACACCGUAACGUUUUAUGAGCGUUUUCUCAUUCGUUUUCAUGCCGAAACGCUUUCAAACACGUCAGUCUACAAUAGAAGUUGAAGCUAAUUUCACAUAGUUGAGCAUAUUUUUCCUUGGAUCGCGUGGACAGGGUGUCUAAGCAAUAAAAUAGACAAAAACAUUUUGGAAACGCUCGAAAAUGACGCUGGUGAAUUGCACAUUGACUAAGACAGACCUAAAAACAUACAAUAUGCAAAUCCAAAACCAAAGAAUUCACAUGAUGAAAGAAUUUACAUUAUCGUUGGUGGCCAUUUCUUUAAAUCAAACAAACCUUCGGCUGGAAAAGCAAACAGGACAACAGAACGCACGAACGACGGCUAAAGGUGAAUCUAAUUGCGAUCAAGCUGGAGAAUUGGACAAUUAAUAUAAAGCUCGAAAGCUUGUAUAGAAUCCUUUAUGUCAUGGCUUAACAAGUGUUAAUGAAAUGAGUCAAAAGUAAUUCCAGGAGCCUGGAGAAUAUCAAGUUUUUAUAAAGAUUAAGGUAAGCCAAAUGGUGCGAAUUCCCGCGAAUUGCAAAAUUCUGGUUUGCCAAAUCAAUUUUCAUUUAGGCCUUAUAAGGGCCUGCAUGGAAAAACUAGCAUUCUAAGUCUUUGGUCGCGCAUUUAUCGAAACAAAUCUUUCACAAAGAAGUGUUUGUGGGCGGUGGUAGUUUUCAAAGUCUAAAUUGCUGUUAUUAUUAGGUAAUAUGAAUCACAAUCGCUUACACGCUAACUGGUAUUUGGGGCACCGCACUCGGCAAAGAGUGUUUUAGGCAGAGAUUAUUGCAUGCGCCCGAGAGCUGUUAACCAGGUUUUCAUUAGAAUUGCUAAAGAACGUAACCUUAUCUAUUGAACUAAAUUUACUAAUGAAAUUUUUUGUGACCUAAUGCUUUUAGUACUCGACCGUGCAAAAUAUUCGUAUCAAAUACGACAUUUCAUGCAUGUUUUUGAGGUUAGAGGGAAGCUUAGCAACCACGCAACAUUGGACAAAACGGUUGACACAGCUGUUUCAUAGUUUUAUCUCUCUCACCGGAUGCCAGAAUUAUUGGGAAUAAACAGUCGAAAUUGGGAACAGUCUCUCUUGUCAUGCAAACUGUUUGCUAAAUAAUCGCUAUUUCAUGUCUCUUUUUACCUGCUUAAUUUCACAGUGCUUCCGUUGUCACAGAAAUAUAAGUUUUUAAAUAUAAGUGUUUUGUGUAUCAGUGUACCCAAGUGUACCCAUAGUGUACCCACAUCACUAGGUAUAUGUGUAUGCUCUUCAAUAUAUAUGCAACCGUGCUUCGUGCUUCGAGUGUCCCCAAAAUUCCCUCUCUGUAAUCCUGAUGUCAUAUAUUUUAUCCCUAUAUUUCGAUAAAAAUUCUUGCAGUAAUGAUAGUGGAAAUUAGAGUGGAAAUUAGCGGAAAUUAAAGCGCGGGAAACUUUACAAUAAUAUUUAUGGUUGGCUCAGUAGGAGCGAUCAAGUAUGCCGGGAAAUCUGUUAGAAUAUGUAAAAAUCGCGUGCAUUCCUCAAAUUUUACCAAAAAAAGCGGUUUGCGGAAAUAAAGUGAACGGGACCCAAGCAUUAAAUUUUUUCCAUGCAAGCCCCAAGUUAAAUUACCCUCUCCCUCCCUCUCUAGGGAUGAUGCGCGAUAUAAUUUAACUUUCUUCUAUUCAGUUUAAUUAAAAUUUAACUCUCGUCACUGGAGGACGAGUAGAUAAUUAUUCUUUGAUGUUGCGUCUCAAGCUCAUCGUUAAAUACUCAGGAGUGAUGAGAGUUAAAUAAGAGAACUUGUAACACCAGUGCAUGGUAUCUUAAGAAACACUGGAAUAUGCCUAUAUAUAAUAUAUUACCCCCCAAAAAUGUUCGUGUCAUUGUUAGGAUUGCAAUCUCUUCCAUUAAGAAAACACCUUACGGGUGAUAACUACAUGCAGUUCUAAAUUCAGAUACUCUCUCUAUUUUUAGAUAAUUGUUUGA